GAUGGCGGCGGGGAGUGGCGGUAGCUGCCUGGAUGCGCUGGGCCCCGGGGAGCUGCUGUCGGCGGCUCACGCGCUCUCCCUGCCGGCCGAGGCCUACGGCAACGACCCUAACAUUGAGAUGGUUUGGGCCAUGAAGGCUAUGCAGCAUGCUGAGGUUUAUUACAAUUUGAUUUCUUCAGUUGACCCACUGUUCCUAAGACUCACUAAAGUGGAUGACCAGAUCUAUUCAGAAUUCCGGGAGAACUUUGGGAAGCUCAAGAUAGAUGUGUUGGACCCAGAAGAGCUCAAAUCAGAACCAGCUAAAGAAAAGUGGAGACCAUUUUGCAUGAAGUUUGAUGGUAUUGUCGAAGAUUUCAACUAUGGUACACUACUGCGGCUGGACUGUACUCAGGGGUAUAGUGAAGAAAACACCAUCUUUGCAACCAGGAUACAGUUCUUUGCUAUUGAAAUAGCUAGGAACCGGGAAGGUUUUAACAGAGCUGUUUACAACAGUGCUCAGCAGAACAGAGCAGCAGAGAAAGACAGCACCAUGUCCAGGUAAAGAUUGCAGGAGCUACCAGUCUUUCAGAUCACUGAAUCUAAUAUCCAGGAGGACUUGCAGGAACCUUUGUGGAUUAAAGAGGCAUCAUUAUUU